AUGGCAGAAAUUUUAUUUACGAACGGCCGCAGUAAAAACGAGAUGUUUGAAGACAGUGAACCAACCAUUAAGACCGAAUAUUUUGACGGAAAGGUGGAGGAGCUUCCUGCAGAUUCUUCAGAUAUUUUCUUUGGAGCUGAGGUUGGCGAUUUUGCUCCAGGAAGUGAUCCCUAUGGUGACCUUUUCCUAAUGGAUCCUAAUGAUCUUCUUGGCGUUCGGGAAGAGGUGGUUGGCAGUGAUCCGACAAAGGCUUCGGAGGAAAUUCUUGUUCCCGAAAAAUCCACCAACACCGAAACACCAUCAGGUCUUCUGCGUCGAAGUACCCGACGAAAAAAGCUCAGACAAAAACAAUUUCGUAAGGUUUGUCGUAAGAGAGAAGAUCGGGAUAGUUCGGAUCUGGAGGAUUUCUCUAUCCCUCUUACUGUUAACCCGCAAUCUCAAUUUAAGUCUGAAUCAUCUGCCUCUGUACAGAGACGUGUCCAGUAUCCGAUUCAUUCCUCGACAUCUGUUGCUAACGGUGUCCGACCCAGAAUUUUCAAAAUUAAUCAAGCUCUUCCAAUGUGCAAUAGUUCGGGUAAUCACCAGUCUGGCGUUGUAACGACUCGUCGAAUUUUGGCUUUCAAGCGGAGGGCCGAAUAUGGGCGUCAGCUGCUUCCCCGAGGCAAGUGUUUUGUUGAUGUCUCUAAAAGGCUUGUCAAGCUCCAAUUUUCUCCUAAAUUCAUCAUUAAUAGGAUUACGUCUCAGCACUGGCCCAAACAGUCGUCAUUACUGCUUGCUUCUUGCUGCCAAUGUCUGACGAGUGUUUUAGUUCUUGAUAAAGGCCUCACGAAGUCUGCUGUUGUCGUUGCAUAG